GUCCCGACGCGAAUCACCCACCACCUAUUUUUCUCAUAUCGAGAGAUUAUUGUCCAACCCGGGCGAAAGCGAAGCGUUUAGGUUGGGAGGGGUUGGGGCCGGGGGGUGUUGGGUUAAAUAUAAAUGCACGAAUACGUCGAAAAAAGCAAAGAUUAUUAUUGUUCGAUGAUUAUAAUGAGAUUUUAUUUUGAUUUCAUAUGGAAUUGGAGAGACUGAUAUAGUUUUGAUUAAUUAUUGUGAUAUUAAUUCGUGUGACAACAACAACGAUUUUAUAAGAUGUGUUACGAGUUUUUAUUAAAUGAAAGGAAGAUCAAUCAUCUAAGACACACACACAAGGGGAUAAAAAAGGCAUGGUUCCUGCCAGAAAUAUUUUAGUAGGGUGGAGACGCGUGGGCGAAAGAAAAGAAGGACGAGACGGAAGGCUAACAAACUCAAACGAAAAUACAAAUACAUAUAUACAACACGCAUUGUACGUAAAGAUAAAAAAUACAGGGACACAUUGUCUCAAAGGAAUGACAAUGUCAGGGAUCGCUACGGAGUCGUUAGCUAGCACAAUUGCCGAUGAAUUGACGACCACCCUUAUACCAACAGUGACCAGAAUCGAUACAAGACUGGACAUCAGUCCAAUCUCGGUUGUACUAGCAGUCUCAAUAGUUUGCAUCCUAUCACCGAUAACCGUAACAGGAAACUCGAUCAUUUUAGCAGCCUUCUAUAGAUACAAGAGACUUAGAACAGCCUCCAACUGUCUUCUCGUAUCAUUGGCCAUCAGUGAUUUUGGGGUCGGAGUAUUCAUGCCGUUUGGUAUGCAGUUAGAACUUUCUGGCCUGCCAGAAAAUGGUACAUCGACACUUUGCAUCAUUCCGUAUUGCAUCGUGAUCGCACUUUGUAGUGUAAGCGUGCUGGUUACUGUGGCAAUAGCUGUUGAUCGUUUGACAUCAUUAGCACAACCAUUGAGAUACAAGAACAUCAUCACUCACAGCAACAUCGAAAAGUUUAUCGCAAUAUUUUGGAUUUAUGCAAUCUGCGUUGGACUAUCACCGUUGAUCUACACACAAAUCAUGGGACUUACUCAAACCCAUAGCGGAGGUUGUAGAUUCAGAGCAGCUGUUUUGCCACCUGUAAGGAUUUUCCUGGUUAUAGUUGUUUGGGCUCCAAGUGCCCUUGUACUUCUGGGUUGCUAUAUGUACGUCUACUUGGUAGCACGCGCUCAUGCACGUGCCAUUUACACGGUAGAAUUAUCAUUCCGACAUCAAACGCAAACUUUACCUCUACCACGAUAUGGCCAAAUCUUGGCUGUAACCGUUGGAACUUUUUUCCUCCUUUGGCUUCCAUUUCAAAUGUGCAUGCUGCUCGAUAUCUUCUACGAGACGAAUUUCCUUUCGGAAUGGACGGUUAUAUGGUUUGGUUUGCUAAUUCUCGCACAUAGCGGUGCAAAUCCCUGGAUUUAUGCCUUUCAUCACGGUGAGAUGCGAAUAGCGGCAGGAAAAAUAGCUGAGGAUUUAGUCGCUUUGUUCGGUGUUACACCCAGUCGAUAUGGCGGAUGUUCACCCGCUCGACGUGUCUCGAAUGCAAAUCUUGAAUUGGCCGAGGUGAACAACAUCAACGACAUUAGAAGACAACACGUCGAAAAUUGUUUCGCAGCUAAACCGCAUAUUAACAACACACUUUAUUCGAGCAAACGUUGUUUGGAAAUGUCGGGAAGACAUUCAGAUAUUUCACCGGAAAGAGAUGAAACCGACCUAAGUUCAUCUUCGAAAUGUUAUCCCAAUGAAAUUGUCGAGGAGGGUAUUGAAGAUUUAAAAAAAAUGUUGGAUCCGAAAUAUAUCAUCGAUCGGAAUCACGUUAUCGAUUCUAAUCAUAACAUCGAUAAGAUUAAAAAUCUCAAAUACCUGUUAGAUCCAACGUUUGGUAAAAUAAGACAUUUGAGACGUCUCAAUCGUAAAAAACUGUUGAGUAAAAAUUUUUCAAAAAAAUGGUCCGAACCAAAAUUCAUAUCCUAUCAAAAUCUUAAUUCCGAUUGUAGCAGUAAUAGAAAAUUCUUUCGGUCUAGUGCAAUGUCAGAUCCGUUAUUGAACGCGAACAAUCCGGUUGCCGAUUGUCAAUCAAAGCACUUUGACAGGACGCUCGAUGUCAAUGAAAGGACUGCAACGAUGAAGGAUAUGGAUAUGGAUAAACAUGGAAAUUCUAAUCUAUCAUCGAUGUCCUAUCCGAAUAUAAAGACAGCCAGUGGUAUUACAUCGGAAGUUAACUUGAGAAUAUUCCCUGCUAAUAGGAACAAGUCGGAGGUAGCUCACAGAUAUUCUGUUCAGAAUUUAAAUGAGAACAAAUUGGAUGGACGUAACGUCGACCAAAAUCGAUCGAAACAUCAACAAACGGAAAGCCAAACGAGAAAAAACUUUUAUCCGCGAAUUCGAACUCGACCACGAUUCGGUCUCAUCGAUAACGUAGACAUAAGUAUUCACAACAGUUACUCGUCCCUACCAACAACUGAUAAUUUGGUUAAACGUAGUUUGUUAGGAAGUCCCAAUUGUAAAUUAUCUUCGAACAGUAUCAACGUUAACGGCAACAAACAGCCAACGUUAAUUUGUUUCGAGCCAAAAUACGUCGUCCACACAGCACCGUCCACUUUAUCGUCGAGCAUAUCAAAGAACAUACGACAUGAGACAGAAUUAUCAGCAUCCUAUCGAUUAUCUCAACCUCGAAUAAACAUAGAACUAAAACACUCCGAGUCGGUCAACCGAAUUGAGCGAAAAAUCGAUAAAGCAUUUUCGCGGUAUCCAAAUGUUAUAGAAGGAUUAACGAUUCCUAUAAUACACUCGGAACCACCGAGUCCUUUGGAAUCAGUUCCUUUAUCCUCUUUGCAAGAGGAGGAUUCGAAGAAUUUAAAUCAUUUCGAAAGCUCACCGAGAAAUAACAUCGAACUCGAAUCGAAUCAUAGAAAAAGUCCAAUACGACAUUCGGAUCCCACGUUACCGUCUAUAUUAUUGAACAUAGAAGACUUCAGCGAACCCUCCGAAUCAAUUAAUCUUCCAAACAAAGAAAUGUCAACGAUAGAACCGAAAGAACCGAUACAAUUGUUCGAAGCGUUAUUACGAAAUUUAGAAAAAUCCCGAGAUAAUAAAUUAGCCGAGCCAAUAUUCGGUGAACACGAUUCGACGAGAUUCAACUCGAGACGACCGUCCGAUUCUAAAUGGUCGGAAUCGUCGAAAAGUCAAGAAAUUUUAACAUCCGCAAACGAACACCAAGCCUUUCCUUCCUCUUACUCGGUUAACGACUUUCAAACUUGCAACAGUGGUAGCGAUUUGAACGACCUGACAUCUUUAGACCCGUUUAUAUGUCCGGAACCAUUGACCUCGUCUUUACGGGAAUCUUUUUUCGAUGCACCUUCGGUACCUGACUCAGAUAUUUUCACGUCUUUCGAGGAAAACGACUUGGCAGAUUUUUCACCGGAAAUUAAUCCAACCCAAACCGAUUUACCUCCAGUCUACAAUUCCGUUUCCGCAAUUAAUUUAAAGAGUUCUUCGAUCCUGAACGAACAAAGCAAAUCAACCGAGUCCGUAUUUCGUAACAAUUAUACUGAAAACAAUGGCACGAAUUUAAUAUCGGAACUAUCACCAUUGGUUCAUCCUGUCAAAAUUCGAAUGCGACCUUACAAGGACCCGAAAAACCUUAUUCGUUUGGCACCAUUAGCUGUACCAACUCCUACCGAUAUUUCAACACCAACUUUUGACCUUAUCAUGGAAAAUAAAACUGACGGGGCAGUGCUGGUUUAAGCCUAAAUCAUUAAAAUCAUGGCUAUAACUCAUACUUUGUACUUUUACGAAUGUAUGUAUGUAUGUGGAUUGGAAUACAUCCAUUUCAAAGAAAAUAGGCAUUCGUAAGCAAGUUAAACUAAGGGCCUUGGAUAACUCAAAGAUUAGAGCAAUUGUCCGAAAAGCUCGAGUCCCAACGGCCCAAUUAUUUUCACGAAUCCUACAUGUAUGUACACGUAUUUUGACCAAAGAGAAUAAAUAAAAAUGGUAAUGUAAUUAAAUUAGAGAGAUGGAUACUGUGAUAUAGUAGGAUUUGAGUUUGUAGUCAAACUCUUAGAGGUUUUUGCGUGGAUGAUAAAAAUCGGAGGAUUAACAAGAUAUCAAAGAAACUAUCGGAUAACUCGAUUAAAUUGCGUCUCGGAUUAACAAUAAACUAUGAAAUUUUCUUCAACUUUAAACAAAUAAUAUAGAAACGAGGAAAAGUAGAAUUACCUCUAAUUGGAUAAUAAAUACACGUAUUAAUAUUAUUAUUAUUAUUAUAAGUAGUAAGAAAUAUUAUGACAUAAGGAUAGCUUUGUUAAGUAUAGCACAAUUACCGUGCCAAGCGAGUGAAAGAAGAGGUGUAUCUCAUUUUAACUCUGUACUUGAUUACUAUGGUAAUUACCGUUUGUGUACCUGAACGAAAUCGAUAAAGAUUCGACAAAAAAAAAAACAGAAAGAAAAGGUUUAAUGACGCGGAAAACAUUUGUAAGUAAGAUAUUAAUAAAUGAAAAUAAAAAAGAAACCAUAGCGACGUACGAAAGUGUUUUAGUAAUAGAAUUCAAAUAACGAAAAUAAAAAAUUUUAAAAAAAGAACGUUAAACACCGACGAAUGAAAAUUAGAUAUUAAACUAUCCAAAGUUACGAGUAUAUUAAUUGUCGUUUCGAAACAAAAAUUAUUUUAACGAUAAUUAACAAUACUUUUAACGACAAAGUGUCCGCGCUUUUCUUUCGAACGGGCUAAUUGAAAUUUACGUUCUGUUAUAAAUAGAUAGAAUUAUUCAUUAAUUAAUAUGAAAUAAAAAUAAUACCAAAAGUUUAGACUUCCGACGAAAUCAAUGGGAACAUUCUUUAAAAACGAUGGAAGAAAUGCAAUGUACCUUAAACACACGUAGACGAACAAUAUUAGAACUAGCAAGGGAUCCAAGGACCAAACAAUUAAAUAUAUAUACAUACACACAUAUAUAUUAUUAUAUAUUUUUAAAUAAUACUUAUAUUAUAUUUUCAUUCAUUGCGAAUCUUUACGAUACGGCUUCAAAUAUUCUAAUCAAAAAUCUUCAUAAUCCGUUUGUUUUGUAUGCAUUAGCAUACUUAAAAAGAGUGACUCGGUGUUACUGCAAAUUUACUCAAGCUUAAUUCUCUAUUAAAAAAUAAAUUACGAAGAUUAACAAGUUACUAUCUUCUUCUAUUCCAUUUUAAAUUUGAGUCGAAAAUUAAAUUUCAUAAAAUACGAUAUGCAUCCGAGUUAUGUCUUUGCGGAUGAUAUAAAGAAACUUCGAAAGGUAAAAGAAAUAAAAAAAUAAACUACAAAUUUUCUCUUAAGACGUAAUAACUAACUGCUGUGUUGCUUAAGGUACUUGUAAUUCAGUACUUAUAUACAAGUAUAGGUACUCAAUAAAACUUUCCGAAGAGACAAGUGUAGGUACUUCAUUUUGCAUAGACACCUACAUUAUUAAAAUCCCUCGAGUACUUUUAUCUUAACGAAUAAAUUCAUUCCUCCAUUACAAUAUUGGAAUUUUUGUUCUUAAAAAUCCCCAUUUAAUUAAUUAUUUUUCUCUGAACAAUGACACCAACCGAAUACACGAUAAAGAAACUUUGAUCUAUCGCCUACGUCUUCCAUCAAAUGUUAUUCAAUAUAUUAUAAUAAUAAGUUACUUCGAGUAAUAUUAUUCUGAAAAUGGAAAUGAUUAUUAACAAAAGUAUUGUAAUAAAAUAUCUACAUUGUAGUACUGGUAACAGUAAAUACUACUCGAGAAUCAUUUCCACAGAUCAUGUACCUAACUAUGUCUUACCUAUACAUGUAUAUGUUAGAUAUAGAACUCCUAAGUAUUAUCGACACAAGUACUAUACUUUAUAAAGCAGUUUGAUACACUAUUAUUUCAAUAUUCAAGCAUCGAAUGAUUCGAGAAAAAUUAUCGCUUUCUGAUCAUUUCAAUUAUAUUAUAUAUUCAAAGUUUUCUAUGGAAAGUAUUACUUCUAAUUAAAUAAAUCUCAAAAAUAGAAUUUUAUCUAACUGCUUUCGUUCUUAAAAAAAUAAAUUGACUGCGCCAAAUUUACGAGAGAAAUUUCGACGAUAUUUAAUUCGAUUAAUGAUGAUCAUGUAAGCUAAGAUUUAAUUGAAUUAAAUAUUAAUCAACAUUGGAAUUUACAAAUUUGAGAAACAAAAUAAAUAUAUGAAUACAAAUACAGGAAUUAUAUGUGAACCCAUCCACAUACAGACAAAUAACUUCAUGAUUACGAGAUAAAAAAAAAUUUAAACGAUAGAAGUAUAUCUAACAUUAAUUUAUUACAAAA